AUCGACUAUGCUGAAUGUCGUGACAAUGUUAGUUUUCAGAACAAAAUGCAAGAAUCGAGUGAAAACAUAUACUAGGUGAAAUAACCCAUUUUUGAUUAUUUUCAUCAAAAAUUAAGAUAUUCAUAACUCAGUCAAAAUCCAUUCAAUCUACUUCAGAAUGUCAGGAUAUACUAUAUCUUAUCCGCAGCAUAUCAUAAAGCUCAAUAAAUGUAAACCAACAGAAAAUACUUUGACUUCUAGAAAGGUUUCGCAGAAAUCUUCGGAAAUAAGAGAACAUUUUUUUAAUGAUUUUAAGUACAGAAUCAGAAUGAGCCGAUAAAAUAGAGUAUAUCUUGAUAUUCUGGUUGCUGCUGAAAUGGUUUCACUCGGUUCUUGCAUUCUGUUCUGAAAACUAACAUUGUCACGACAUUCAGCAUAGUCGAUAACCUAUCUUUUCAUUCAUUCUGAUAGUUCCAAAUCUAAUGGUAGAGGAGUGCUGAGGCUUCAGGAAAAAUGUUUAUAGCUCCCGAAUCAUGGAUUUUCAAGAUGUCGCUUAGAUGCAGUUUUGUAGUGGACACUUCGGACUAUAUAUCUAUCAAAAUAAUUGAUCUAUUUCUGUGUCCGAUUUCAGAGAUCCCAACUGGUUUUCCGAAGAUUCUCUGAAAAGCUGGCUUUGGAAACUUUUUCAAAUAUCGAUUUAAAUGUAGCUUCAAAUGUCUAAUUUCCAAAACUGAAAACCGCAGGUUUUAUCAUAUUUCUAUCAAAAGUUAUUCAAAAAGCAACCGAUGAUACUGGGUUUCCGGAUCGAUAAUAGUAACGUGUUUAUUUUCUUAAAUUAAUAUAUAUAUCAUCAUUUAUAGACAACUGCGCAAUUUUACGAUCGGUUGGCUAAAACUGAUAAUCAUUCAACAAGUCAUAAUCAAUACAAUUAUUAUAUAACUCAAGCGUAUGAUGUUGUUUGGACUGUUGCUUACAUUGUUAAAAAGUCAAUUGAACGAGGUAUUCCUCUAGAAAAAUUUGAUUAUCGAAACAGAAUAAUGACUGAAAUAUUUUUAAAAACUUUACGUACACUCAAUUUCAAUGGAGUUUCGGGUCCCAUAUCUUUCGAAGAUCAAAAUCGAAAAGCUCAGACAUUAAUAUCACAAUUACAAAAUGGUACAAUUAAACGUAUAGCGGAAUAUAGCGAUGUAACAAAUAUGCUAAAUUUUCAUUGUCGCGAAUGUGGACGAUUAAUUUGGCAUGAUAAAAUGCCAAUUGAUCAACAAAUCAUUGAAUAUAGAAGACAAUGUUUAGGUUCAGUUCAAAUGAUUAUUAUUGUUUGUGGAUCACUUGGUGGUAUAAUGUUGUCAAUUUUUUUUGUAUCAUUUACCGUAAAAUAUCGGCAUGAAAGAUAUAUCAAAUUAUCCAGUCCAAAUUUAAACAACGUACUGGUUAUUGGCUGUGUUCAUAUUUAUUUGGCAAUAUUAUUAUUGGGUAUUGAAGAAUGGUUCAUGGAAAGAAAACUAUUGGGGUACGCUUGCAUGCUUCGAACAUUUUUAUUUACCACUGGUUUUUCCUUAACAUUUGGUUCAAUGUUUUUAAAGACACUUCGUGUUUAUCGAAUAUUUACUUCAACUGGUGAACCAUUAUUGCAUUCAAAGUUAUUACAAGAUCGACAUCUCGUUUUGAUAUGUUCAAUAUUGUAUUUCAUUGAUUUAUUCUAUUGUCUAUUAUGGCAAAUAUUCAAUCCAUAUACCGUCCAUAAAUCGAUUGAAGAGGGUGGUAUGUUGGAUGUUGAUACAAUCCUCUUUAAUGAAAUAUAUUAUUGUGAAUCACACUAUCGUCGUGAAAUAUUUAUUCUUAUUUAUAUCUAUAAAUCAAUAUUUUUAUUUUUUGGUGGAUAUUUAGCAUUUAAAACAAAACAUGUUCAUAUAACAGCAUUAAAUGAUUCGCGUUAUAUUGGUUGGUCAAUUUAUAUUGUUCUUAUAACAAGUGUAUUUUCUGUUAUUAUGCUUGAAUUUACACGUAGUUUAAAUCGUCAAUUGGUCUAUGUUUGUAUUUCAUUAUCAAUUAUAAUUGCGACAACAUCAAUUUUAUGUCUAGUAUUUCUACCAAAGGUAUACAAAAUUAAAAAUAAACGAAAUUUGGGAAAAGAAAUUGUAUCAAAUAAUUUGGUAAUGGAAGCGCGUACACGACGAUUUGCAAUUGGUGUCAAUCAUUUUGAAGAAUAUCGUUAUGCUCAAAUACAAAAUAGAGAAUUAAAAACUGAACUCACUCAACUCAAUACUCAAGUUCAUCGUUUGGAACGUCGAAUCGAAGAGAUGGAAUUAGUACCAAAAAAUGCUACUCUAGCAUUUCUACCAUUAGCAGUACAAUUAACAUCAACGUUCUUAUACAAACACAAUGAGGGAUUAAUAAAUACAUCGAAUAGUUCACGUGAAGUUAUCUUGGGUGACGUAACACUAUCAACAAUGUGUAACAAACACAAAAGUGAACAUAAUCUAUCUGAACAUUUACAUGCAGAACAAGAAAGUUCAAGUUCUGAAGCUCCGUCCAUGAAAAAUUUAUCCGAAUUAUCAUUAUCCAUUGCUUUGCAAUAUUCAUCCAGUUGUAAUAGUACAAUAUCGGAAACAAAACAAUCACCAUCGCUAUCAUUAUCAUUAUCAUCAUCAUCACUGUCGAUUAGUAAUUCAUUUGAUGCAGCCGAUGAUACUGAUAACGAUGUUGAAGAAGAGAUAAACGAUAAUACUCAAUUACCCUUAUUAUCAACAAAUCCAUAUGGUUGUUUACGAUUCCCAUUUAUGACAUCUUGUUCGAGUGACAAUGAAUCAAUAAUAUAUUCUAAACUGCCAAAUGAGCUUGAAGCUCGUUUAGCUGAAAUGGAUAGUGAUAUCGAAAGAUAUAGAACUAAAGAUUAG